GCGAGCCUCGUGGAUCUCUCGUUUCGACUGCAUUCCCGAGGGCCUGUUGCAUCGCAUCCCAUCAGUAUCGAUUAUCCUCUGUCGGGAUUUCCCUGUUGAAGUCGCUCGCAUUGACCACCGACGCUCCACCGACGACACAGAUCUCGUCCGGAGACGGCAAGGAGCGUUCGCUGACGUUUCAUCACGUCUUCCCCGAGGACACGACCCAACAAAAGAUGUUUGAUGAAUGCGGGAUCAAGGAACUCAUCGUUCAAGCAAUCGACGGAUACGCUGUGACUGUGUUUGCUUUUGGCCAGACAGGCUCCGGGAAGACAUUUACCAUCACUGGCGCGGAGGAAGAGCUGGCGCCUCUGCCUUCUCAGAGCGAGGGCUGGUUCAGCGAACAAGCCGGUAUUGUUCCGCGAUCGCUGCGGUUCCUGUUCGAAGAGAUUGCCAACAGGACCAUGUCGGAGUCAGCAUCGUCCGAAUUCUUUGUCAAUGCCGCCUACCUUGAAAUCUACAACGAGCAAGUGCAGGAUCUUCUCAACCCAGGGACUCCUCCGCUGCCUGUCCGCUGGAGUCAGGACAAGGGAUUCUAUGUCGAGAAUCUGCUGGUGGUCGAGUGUGAGAUCCUGGACGACUGCAUGGCUGUGCUGGAGGAAGGCUUGCGGAACAGAACUACGGGGUCGCAUAAGCUCAACGAGCGAUCAAGUCGAAGCCACAGCAUCAUGACCAUAUACAUCGACAGCGAGACAGUUGACCCAGAGGACGACUCGAGGCUGCGGAAGCACGGCAAAAUCAGUUUUGUGGAUCUCGCAGGCAGUGAGAAAGUCAAGGAAUCCAAGGCAUCGGGCGAAACCCUGACAGAGACCCUCAGCAUCAACAAGAGCCUUUUGACACUUGGAAACUGCAUAUCAGCUUUGUCAAAUGCCAGUCGCCGCAAAACCCACAUCCCAUACCGAGAUUCAAAGCUGACCAAGCUGCUUUCGGAUUCGCUGGGAGGUCACGGACUGGCCCUGAUGAUCGCGUGCAUCUCUCCAGCCAAGCUCAAUUUCCAAGAGACACUCAAGACGCUGCGCUAUGCAAAUCGGGCAAAGCGCAUCCGCAACAAGCCCAUCGUUCGGGUCGAUCCGCGCGAACGGCUGGUCAUGCAACUGCGAGAGACGAUCAAGGGUCUCCGGCUCGAGAACGAGGUGUUUCGGGACUACCUUGGCCCGCAAAAGUCCUCAGCUGCGCUGGCGCUGAUGAGCCGCAACCAGCUUCGUGCCCAGUCGAGGCUAUCUCAGAGCCACCUUCCUCCAAUUCGGGACCCUCGGAUGCGGGGAUACUCGAAUCCCGAACUGGCGGUAUCGGCCGAAGGCAACUCGAUCGCCAGCAGUCGCCUGUCGAGCAAUGGUGGCCGGACAUCCCAGACGAUGCGCCGGUACUCCAAGAACGGGACUGCAACGGCGACUGUCAUUCCCGACGAGGAGAAAUCGUACUGGGUCGAGGCUGUUGAAAACUUGCAGUGCGAAAACAGCGAGCUGGUCAUGGCCAAGGCUCGAGCAGACAAGUCGUAUGCGUCGCUCUUGAGAGAGAACGAGCGUCUGGCCAAGGAGCUGAGGCGGUAUCAGCAAAUCGAUCUGGAACCGGCCCGUCGAAGUGCCAGCAUCGCCGAGGCUGAAGGCGGCGGGUCUGAAAGAGCAAUUGUACACUCAAGCUUGCCAAGUUUCCAUGGCGACGACGAGGCGCUGGUACAUCGUGCCCGACUGGGCAGCGCCGACCAUGAGUAUGACCGCAGCAUAUUCCCACGCCCACCGGCCUCUGUGCCAGUCGGCCGCCAUAUCCCAACCGCACCCACCAGCAAGAUUCCAAGCAAAAAGACCAACCGGGGAAGCCAGCGGACCCGCCCGUCAUCACGGAGUACACAUGCGGCUGCGUCCAGAUCGACAUCUAGCAUGCAGGUCCACCCCAAGUCGCUCGAGUCUGUCGACGAUCGGCUGCUGGCACAGGUGACAGCCAAUCGCGAGCGGCUGCAGCAGGACAUUGAUGCUCUCGAGGCAGAGAUCCAGAGGAUGCAGCAAGAUGCACAGCAGCAGCUCAGAUAGCCGGGACUUGUCUGCGCCCACGGAGCCGAUGCAGCCAGCUACGACUUCCCUUGGGAUGGGGCACACUCUCGAAUACAUCCCAUCGACGCCGAUCCGCUGGUGGCGGUUGUUGCGAAUGAUGGACGUGCGG